UGGUCGCGCUCGGUGGGGAAUUCUCAGCGUAGAAGCUUCCUGCACACAUGCGGACACUCGGCUGCUUCAGUCGGACGUCACGGCCUAGGGCUCCCAGAAGCUGAGUCGACCGCCCGAGCCCAUUCCGGAGCGAACGGACUCCACAGUGCCGCGUGGCGCGCAUUCGGAAGCUUGUCGUCAUCUCUGCGCGCGCGCCGCCGUCCUCAGGUCGACGUCAUAAACCGGCGCCGCUGUCGCUAAGGAAGAGGUUGAACCGAGCACCACUGCAAGAAAUCCCGGAGCUGAACAUUCCACCCUGUGCUGAUUCUCCUGGCCUGAAGAAAUGAGCGUCCAGUACAGCAUCCUCUUCAAGCAAGAACAAGCUCAUGAUGAUGCCAUCUGGUCAGUUGCUUGGGGGUUGAAUCAAAAAGAUAACUCUGAAAUGAUUGUCUCUGGAUCCCUGGAUGAUCUAGUCAAAGUGUGGAAAUGGAAAAGUGAGAAGCUAGAGUUACAGUGGAGUUUGGAGGGCCAUCAGUUGGGUGUGGUUUCUGUGGACAUCAGUCAGUCUGGUGCCAUUGCCGCAUCUAGUUCACUUGAUGCCCACAUUCGUCUGUGGGAUUUGGAGAAUGGCAAACAGAUGAAGUCUAUCGACGCUGGCCCCGUGGAUGCCUGGUCCUUGGCUUUCUCACCCGAUUCCCAGUUUUUGGCUACAGGAAGCCAUGUAGGGAAAGUAAACAUUUUUGGUGUUGAGACUGGCAAGAAGGAAUACUCUCUGGAUACAAGAGGAAAAUUCAUCCUUAGCAUUGCCUAUAGUCCUGAUGGGAAAUAUCUGGCCAGUGGAGCCAUAGAUGGAAUCAUUAAUAUUUUUGAUAUUGCAACUGGAAAACUUCUCCACACGCUCGAAGGCCAUGCAAUGCCCAUCCGCUCUUUGACCUUCUCCCCAGAUUCCCAGCUACUUGUCACGGCUUCAGAUGAUGGCUACAUUAAGAUUUAUGAUGUGCAGCAUGCAAAUUUGGCAGGUACACUGAGCGGCCACGCAUCCUGGGUGUUGAAUGUUGCAUUUUGUCCGGAUGACAUUCACUUUGUAUCCAGUUCAUCAGAUAAAAGUGUCAAAGUUUGGGAUGCCGGAACAAGAACUUGUGUCCAUACGUUUUUUGACCACCAGGAUCAGGUCUGGGGAGUGAAAUACAAUGCAACUGGCUCCAAAAUUGUGUCCGUUGGGGAUGAUCAAGAAAUUCAUAUCUAUGACUGUCCAACUUAAUCACACUCCAAACCGGUUCCCUUCUCUGUAGUAAUUAGAGAAUUACUCUUAGACUAGCAUAGAAUGGGUGAGAACUCAAGUGUCGACCUCAUCCUGCCUCACGUCUAGCAUGGUUUAAUCAAGGAUGAGUGAUGCGAGUCAGAAGACACGGAUUCAGGCCCAAGCUGGGACUCGAUGAACCUCGGAGCCUUCUGAUAAUUUUUCUUAAUAAAAUGGGGAUAAAUAUUAUCCACAUGUCUGUAUAACAA